UACUUGUUCAUGGAUUACUUGCUGGCUAGCCGAAGCCGCUAAGUCGCCAUAUUGUGUUUGUAGCUUGGGCUCUUGUGGAUUUUGAGACGCAACUAAUGUGGUGAAGACAUUAUUUAUUUCUUAUUUUGAUCAUAAUCUGUAGUGUUCAGAGUUAACUAGUGUCUUUUAAACGUCUCCAGUAACUUUAUGAAACUCACAGUAGUAGCAAUUUAUUACAUUCCGUUGUUCUGGAAUAGUCUAGCUGUGUAUUUCAUUUGAUCUCAUGUUUGCAAGUUUUGUUCUUGAACAAAGUUCUAAGUCAUACUUAUUAAAGUUACUGAAUUUACUCUAGUUUUGGAGCUGGAUCAAUAUUUGAAUCAUAACAUGUUGCAAUUCUGAAAUUGGACUGUUGACUUAUAAAUAGGUUUAUAGUGUGGGCAGUUUUUGCCCAAGAGCACCGGUUUUUCAAAGGACUUCAACCUUGAACAUUGAAGUUGUAUUCUUAUCUCCAAAAUGAUGUACACGGGAACAACAGCUGAACAAGACAACAGAUUUAGUGACAAAGAAAAGAAACUGUUGAAACAAAUGAAGUUUGACAACAAUCUUCAGAAACCUGUUGACAUGACCAAAGUAAAAUUGGACGUGAUUAAACCUUGGAUUGCACAGAAGAUAAAUGCAGUUCUUGGCAUUGAAGAUGACGUUGUUGUACAUUUUGUGUUCAACCAGCUGGAGGCAAAGUUCCCAGAUCCAAAGAAGAUGCAGAUCAACUUGACAGGAUUUCUGAAUGGUAAGAAUGCACGUAUAUUCAUGAGCGAGCUGUGGGAGUUGCUGUUGUCAGCUCAGGACUCUGUCAGUGGAAUACCUGAGCAAUUCAUGGAGAAGAAAAAAGAAGAAAUAAAGAAAAGAAUGGAGGAAGCAGAAAGGUUGCAAGAAAAUACAAAAAAGCAACUAGAAAAGAGUAAGGAUAAGGACAAAGACAGAGAUAAAGACAAGGAUCGAGACAGGAAGCGAGACAGAAGCCGAAGUAGGAGUAGCAGGAAAAGGAGCAGGUCCAGAGAUAGAGAUCGCGACAGAGACCGUGACCGCCAUAGGGACAGAAGGGACAGAGAUAAGAAAGACAAGGAUAAGGAGAGGGAAAAAGAUGUAAAAAGGUCCGUUACCAAAUCACCAUCAAGGAGUGAAAAAAAGGAACGAGAGCAUUCAGUUAAGAAAGAGGUGGAAUCUGCGUUAUUAUUAGACAAUGGCAAAGAAAGAUCACACAGCCCCUCCGGUGAAGACGAAAAGAAACCGAAAUUGGAAGUGUCUAAUGUCCAAGCCAAGUUGUUCAAAUAUGCUGGGGUUGAGGGCGUAGAACCUAGUAUUAAAAAAGAACGGAGUCACAGCCGAGAGCGGUCUCAGAGCAGAGCUUCUUCUGCCUCUUCCAAAGCAUCAGGCCAUCUGAAAGAAAGAUCAUCUCCAUCAAAGGAAAAAAAUGAAUCAACAGACAAAAAGGAGAAAAGAAGAGACUCUAGAUCUUCCUCUAGCUCCUCAGCAUCAUCUCAAGAGGAUACUAAGAAACCUGUGAAUAACCACAAGGACAGCUCACGGUCCAGAUCUCGGUCCGCUCCUCCCACCAGUCUUAAACAGAAGAGAAGAAGUCACUCUAGUAGUUCUUCAGAUGAUUCAGAUAAAGAAAGGGGAAAGAAGAAUGAAGAUUUUGAAAUCCGUAAGAAAGAAGAUAGUGUGCAGAAGAAGCGGCAGUACCGAAGUAAUAAAGACGAUUCUUCCAGUGACUCUGAUCAUGGAAAAUCUAAAAAGGAUCGAAGGAGGUCUGGUUCAAGGCAGCGGUCAUCCAGAGAUCGACGGGAUCGAGAUAGAGACCGGGACAGAGACAGGGACCGAGACAGGGACAGGUCCCGUUCACGUAAGAGAGACAACAGACGCUCACGCUCUAGAGGGAGAGGCCGGUCUAGUUCUAGACGCGGAAGGUCUCGCAGUAGGGAGCGUUCCAGCAGGUACAGACCUAGCAGGAGGUCUCUGGAGCGUGAGAGAGAACGUGAGAGGGAAAGACAGCGUGAACGUGAGAGAGAGCGUGAGAGGGAACGUGAACGAGAAAGAGAGCGGGAGCGACGGAGGAGAAUAUCCCCACCACGGCGAAGGACACCUCCUCGCAGUUCACGGAGCCGACGCUCCAGAUCAACUUCCCGUAGGCGAUCAAGGACUAGAUCCCCCGUUCGAAGCAAUGAUAGGGACAGAGAUAGGCGAAGAGAGGAUGAAAGAAGAGAUAGAGAACGAAGGAAGGAGAAAGAAACAAAGAGGCGGCGAGACAGCUCUUCCCCUGUUCCUAAUGCCACAAAAGUUCAAGUUCCUUCAACAGCUCCUACAUCCAUAAAAAAUAAUAGAUUUUCAAACAGUCUGUCACGUACUCCAUCACCGUUUAGGAAACCUGAUGAGAAAGAAAAGAGUGAGGAACCAGAGGACAGGAGAAGGGACAGGAAACCCCCGACCAGAGACAGAUCAUCUUCUGCAGAAAGUGAACCAAGGUCUAACCGAAGGGAGGAAGAAAAACCCCCAGUGAAACCUAAGAGAGAAGAAAGUGAAGAGCCGUCAAAGAGAGACAGGGAGCGAAGCAGGAGCAGAGAAAGGGAAAGGGACCGCAGCAGAGAGAAGGAGAGAGAACGAUCAAAAGAAAGAAAGCCAGCUCCUAGCAAGAAGCGAUCAGAAUCACCUGUAGCAAAGAAAGAAGUUCGUGAAAAAGAGAAAAAGAAGUCUUACGAUUCAUCAGACGAAUCUGCCGAAUCUGACCAUGACAAACCCAAGAAAGGACGAAAAAGGCAUGAUUCCAGCUCAUCUCACGAAGAAACAAAAAAGAAAAAGAAACACAGACGUGAAUCUUCUUCAUCAGAUGAUGAUGAUGAAGAAGAAGAAGUAAAACCCAAAAAGAAAAAGCCGAAAAAAGAAUCAUCUUCAGAAGAAGAGGAAGAGGAGACAAAAUCCAAACGAAGCAAGAAAAAGAAGAAACAGAAAACUCCCUCCUCAUCAGAAUCAGAGGAAAGUGAAGUUGAAGAGAAAAAGAAGAAGAAAGAUAAGAAACACAAAAAACACAAGAAGCAUAAGAAGCACAGGAAGCACAAAAAACGUAAAGCCGAAACAGAUGAGUCCGAAGAUGCGUCUGAAGCAGAAGAAAUGGAGAGAAGACUUCGGGAAAGAGCUCUCAAGUCCAUGAAGAAGAGUCGAGAAGCUGCAAGUGAGAGAAGUGAUAGCAGCAAGUAGUGUUGUUAAGACUUGCUGAGAUGAAGUUAAUUUCAUUAUUACAUUUUUGUUUUCAAUUGUCAUAACUGUUCAAAACAAAUACAUCAAAAAUACUUUCUGAACAAUUUGUUAAAUCUUUUUUAUAACAAAAUUUUUAAAAUAAUAUUUACUAUCUUAUUUUAGUUGAACAAAUCUCACAUUCGUAUUAAUUAAAACUCACAGUCAUAUCAAUUUACUAAUAAACUCACAAAAUCUCGAAGUAGUUUAUUUAACUAGUGCUAUAGACAUGAAUCAUAAGUUAAGGUGAUAUUUAUUUUGGAAAAGUAUACAAAUGGGUACAAUAAAUAGUUUUUAUUAAUAAAUUGAUAUGACUGUGAAUUAUAAUUAAUACGAAUGUAAGAUUUGUUCAACUAAAAUAAGAUAAUAAAUAUUAUUUUUUAAAUUUUGUUAUAAAAAAGAUUUAACAAAGAUAAUUGUGAGUUUUUUAAUAAUUUAAAUAAGAUCAUAGAUUUCAUUUGAUGAAUGGUACAAGAAAGAUUUCACAAAAUGUUCAGGAAGUAUUUGUUACAAGUUUAAAAGAAUAUCCAGUUUUUCGUGUAUUCUGAAUUGCUGUUGAAAUGGUUUUAGUAAAACAUGGCCACUUUUAUUUUAUAUUGACUUACUAGAUGUAUUUAAUUAAAAUGUGUUUAAAAUAUUCA